AUGGAAGGAUCAGGGAGCGGAGAAGCGCCCACCGCCUCCAUCUACGCACGUCCACCUACGCACGUCCACCUACGCACGUCCACCUGCGCACGUCCACCUACGCACGUCCACCUGCGCACGUCCACCUACGCACGUCCACCUACGCACGUCCACCUGCGCACGUCCACCUGCGCACGUCCAGCUGCGCACGUCCACCUGCGCACGUCCACCUACGCACGUCCACCUGCGCACGUCUACCUGCGCACGUCCACCUGCGCACGUCUACCUGCGCACGUCCACCUGCGCACGUCCACCUGCGCACGUCCACCUGCGCACGUCCACCUACGCACGUCCACCUGCGCACGUCCACCUGCGCACGUCCACCUACGCACGUCCACCUACGCACGUCCACCUACGCACGUCCACCUACGCACGUCCACCUACGCACGUCCACCUACGCACGUCCACCUACGCACGUCCACCUACGCACGUCCACCUACGCACGUCCACCUACGCACGUCCACCUGCGCACGUCCACCUACGCACGUCCACCUGCGCACGUCCACCUACGCACGUCCACCUGCGCACGUCCACCUACGCACGUCCACCCACGCACUACGCACGUCUACCUACUGCACGUCUACCUGCGCACGUCCACCUACGCACGUCUACCUGCGCACGUCCACCUACGCACGUCUACCUGCGCACGUCCACCUACGCACGUCCACCUACGCACGUCCACCUACGCACGUCUACCUGCGCACGUCCACCUACGCACGUCUACCUGCGCACGUCCACCUACGCACGUCCACCUACGCACGUCCACCUGCGCACGUCCACCUACGCACGUCUACCUGCGCACGUCCACCUACGCACGUCCACCUGCGCACGUCCACCUACGCACGUCUACCUGCGCACGUCCACCUACGCACGUCUACCUGCGCACGUCCACCUACGCACGUCUACCUGCGCACGUCCACCUACGCACGUCCACCUACGCACGUCCACCUACGCACGUCCACCUACGCACGUCCACCUGCGCACGUCCACCUACGCACGUCUACCUGCGCACGUCCACCUACGCACGUCCACCUGCGCACGUCCACCUACACACGUCCACCUACGCACGUCCACCUACGCACGUCUACCUGCGCACGUCACCACGCACGUCCACCUACGCACGUCCACCUACGCACGUCCACCUACGCACGUCCACCUACGCACGUCCACCUACGCACGUCCACCUACGCACGUCCACCUACGCACGUCCACCUACGCACGUCCACCUACGCACGUCCACCUACGCACGUCUACCUGCGCACGUCCACCUGCGCACGUCCACCUACGCACGUCCACCUACGCACGUCUACCUGCGCACGUCCACCUACGCACGUCCACCUACGCACGUCCACCUACGCACGUCAAGGCAAGGCAAGGCAAGGCAAGGCAAGUUUAUUUGUAUAG